GUGUGUGUGUGUGUGUGGAGGAGGUGGAGGUGGUGGUGGUGUGAGUGUGUGUGUGUGUAUAUCCAGUGAAAAUUACCCGGAGACGGAGUGAGACAGUUUUCGACCGUACCAAUGUGUGUAACCUAUGAAUAUAUGACACUAACGCCGGCGGAAACAUCUCAUGGACACAACAGCGUGUCGAAAAUGAGGGAAUAAUCCGAGGAGGAGACGCUUCGGCGAGGCUCGUCUUGUGGGGUUAGCUUAACGUUUUAGUUUUUUUUUUUUUUGUUGUUGUUGGUUGAACUGCGAGUGGGAUCACAGCUGCUGCUGCUGCUGCUGCUGCUGCUGCUGCUGCUGCUGGCUACGAAAAUGUCGGGAAAAAUAGAGAGCAAGCAAGACUCGCAACGGUCCCAUCUGUCCUCCUUCACCAUGAAACUGAUGGACAAGUUCCACUCUCCCAAGAUCAAGAGGACUCCAUCCAAGAAGGGCAAGCAACUGCAGCCCGAGCCAGCAGCCAAGAGUACAGAGAAACCUGCAAACAAGAAGGUGAGUCGGCUGGAGGAGCACGAGAAGGAGGUGGUCAGCGCCCUGCGUUACUUCAAGACAAUCGUGGACAAAAUGGUGGUGGAGAAGAAGGUGCUGGAGAUGCUGCCCGGCUCGGCCAGCAAGGUGCUCGAAGCCAUCCUGCCUCUGGUUCAGGUAGAGGCUCGGAUACAACACAGUUCGGCGCUGUCUUCGUGCCAUAACCGCGUGUACCAGAGUCUUGCCAACCUUAUCCGUUGGGCCGACCAGGUGAUGCUGGAUGGCAUCGACUUGGAGGACAAGGAAAACGUGGCGUCUGUCACCAGUGUCAUCAAAGCAGUGCUGGACGGAGUAAAGGAACUGGUGAAGCUGACCAUAGAGAAACAGGAGCAACCGUCACCCACCACCCCUAACAAACCGGCGCCACCUGCUACUACCACGGCGGAGAGCAUGUCAUCGGAGAUGCCCUUGAUAGAUCGGGAGCAGGAGGUCUCGAGUAAGACUGCUCCGGCAGCUACUCCCGCGGAGGCUGCCUCCGACAUACCAGAUGAGGAUGUAGCCCCUCCCAAACCCCCCCUUCCUGAAGCUAAAAUGGUGGAGCUCAGCCCUCCACCAGCACUUCCCCCAAAGAAGCGUCAGUCAGCACCUUCGCCUACACGGGUCGCAGUGGUCGCCCCAAUGAGCCGUGGCUCCAGCUUGCCCUGCAGCGUCCACAAACAGCAGCAGGACUACGAGCAGGAGUUCCUCCAGAGGCGUUUCUCCGGCGGGAGCCAGUCCUACGGGGGCGACUCUCCCCGCCUGUCUCCGUGCAGCAGCAUGGGGAAGCUUAGCAAGUCCGACGAGCAGCUCUCCUCCAUGGAGCAGGACAGUGGACAGUGUUCUCGUAACACCAGCUGUGAGACGCUCGACAACACAGAGAAUUACGACCCGGAUUAUGACUUCCUCCACCAGGACUUGUCAGUUGGAGAUAAUCUACCCCCGAUACCGGUAGGAGGGUGCCUGAGCCCUCUGCCUGAGUCUCACAGCGAGUCCUCUUCCCCAGUCCCCGGACAGCAUCCCUCGCAUCCCCGCUUCAGUGCCCCUCCGCCCCAGCAGCCGCCUGAAUACUGGACCCCGCAGCCUAAUCACCCCAAUCCCUUACAUUCGUUGCGCAUCAGCGCGCCCCCGGCCCUGCCCCAGAAGAAGCGACGCAGCACCCAGACGUCGCCCUUCCCCGACGUAGGGUCCAGGGUGCUGUACGAGCGCUACCCCUCCCAAUAUGACAACUUGUCAGAAGAGGAGAGGCACCCCACGCCGCCCUUCCCCCUUUUCACGCCCAUCUCGCCCAUGCCUCAGACAAACGGGGGCGUUUUCGUCGCUCAGUACAUCGCCAGCGAGAAUGCGGAUGUCCCCGCCAGCCCACCGCCACUACCAGAGAAGAAAAGCAGACACAUCCUCCAGUACAUGCAGUUUGUCGAAGACUACUCCGAGCCGCAGCCCUCCGUGUUCUACCAAAUGCCGCAGAGCGAGAGCAUCUACGAGCAGCGCAACAAGCGCUUCCAGGAGGUCUACGGCAUCAACGACUCCUUCAGCAGCACCGACUCGGUCCACGAGCCGCUGCAGCCUCCGGCGUUGCCCCCGAAACAAAGGCAACUGGCCUCCCACUCUUCCUCCCCCUCUUCCUCCUCCUCCUCCUCUCUCUCCUGCCACCUCCAGCCGUCUGUGGCGGCCAUGGAGGAGGCGGGCUCUGGGCUGGGCCUCAGCAUGUCCGUUUCUAACUCCUACCUGAUUGGACAAGCGUCCUUGACCACACCCACGAGCUUGGACCAGGUUGCCUUGACCAAUGCCACCAUACUUGAUGGCAGCGGGGGCGGGCCCAACGGUUCCCUGGCUGGCUCAAUGGGCUCUGUGGCUGUCUGUCUUCCUUCUGAGUCUUCUCUCACUGACUCUCUCCACACCUCAGCGAGCGAGAGCGCGAAUGACGAGGGCGGGGAGGGGGAGUACGUGAACUUGUACUCGUCCAGCCAGGCCAAUGGGGAGCUGCCUCUCUCCCUCAGAGAAACGAUCACAGCUGACGAUGUACUUCAAGACCCUGCCCCUCAGAUGCCAUCCAGCAACAGCAAAGAGGCGAUGGACAAGGAAAGGAGGCAGAAGUCGACAGAGUCGGCCGGGAGCGACGAGGAAGACGUGGACGAGCUCUCCCUCGUAGACCACAAGGAGAUCAUGAGCAGGAUAACACUAAAGCAAGAGAACGAUGACGGCCCAGACGUUCGUGCUGGAUCAGGAGAUAUUCUAUUAGUCCACGCUACAGAAACAGACCGCAAAGAUCUUGUUUUGUACUGUGAAGCCUUUCUGACAACGUAUAGGACUUUUAUAACCCCCGAGGACCUCAUUAAGAAGCUACACUACAGAUACACUAGGUUUUGCCACAGUCCGGACACUUUCAAGAAGCGGGUCAGCAAGAACACGUUCUUCGUGCUGGUCCGCGUGGUGGACGAGCUUUGCCUGGUGGAGCUGACGGAAGACAUCUUGAAACAGCUGAUGGACCUGGUGUUCACGCUGGUGUGCAACGGCGAGCUCAGCCUCGCCCGCGUGCUCCGCAAAAACAUCCUGGACAAGGUGGAGCAGAAGAAGCUGCUGCGCUACACUAACUCCCUCAAGCCGCUCGCUGCCCGAGGGGUCUCUGCAAGGCCUGGAACUCUACACGACUUCCGCAGUCAUGAGAUUGCCGACCAGCUCACUCUUCUCGAUGCUGAACUCUUCUAUAAAAUUGAGAUUCCCGAGGUGCUGCUUUGGGCGAAGGAGCAGAACGAGGAGAAGAGUCCGAACCUGACUCAGUUCACAGAGCACUUUAACAACAUGAGCUAUUGGGUCCGCUCUUUGAUAAUCCAACAAGAGAAAGCCCAAGACCGAGAGAAGCUGCUUCUCAAGUUCAUCAAGAUAAUGAAGCACUUACGGAAGUUGAAUAAUUUCAACUCCUACCUGGCAAUACUGUCCGCCCUGGACUCUGCCCCCAUCAGGAGACUGGAGUGGCAGAAACAGACCUCAGAGGGAUUGGAGGAAUAUUGCACGUUGAUUGACAGUUCCUCGUCCUUCAGAGCGUACAGAGCUGCUCUGGCUGAAGUGGAGCCGCCGUGCAUCCCGUACUUGGGUCUCAUCCUCCAGGACUUGACCUUCGUCCACCUGGGGAACCCCGACCUCAUCGACGGGAAGGUCAACUUCUCCAAACGCUGGCAGCAGUUCAACAUCCUGGACAGCAUGCGGCGCUUCCAGCAAGUGCAUUACGAUCUGAAGCGCAACGAAGACAUCGUCUCGUUCUUCAACGACUUCAGCGACCACCUGGCGGAGGAGGCCCUGUGGGAGCUGUCGCUGAAGAUCAAACCCAGGAACAUCGUCAGGCGCAAGACGGACCGCGAAGAGAAGACCUAGGCCCCGUGGGCCCCUUCCUGAGACUGACCUCCAACUGUGCUUCAUGACACUAACUCCACUUUACUACAGACUGAAAGAAAGACACAUGGAAGCUAUCCGCUGGAGCUGACGGGACAAACUACAGACGACUGAAGCGUGGCCGAGGUUUACAAAGAGCUCCGCUGCUCUGGGAGAUUAUAAUUGGGAUUACUGUGGCUCUGGCGUUUAGAUGGGGGACAGAGAGAGAUGAAAUGGGGGAGGAAGCCCGGUGCCAAGGAGGGGUGAGGAGUCACACAGAGCGGACAGGGAGGACGCUACGGGAAAAUAACCAAAGUCUGCUCCCUGGGCUCUCUGUUUUAGAGUGGAGCUUGUUGCGUGUGCGUGAGAUUAAGCUGAAUGGUCCAUUACUCUCCCGAGUUGCUCCUUCCUCUUCCUCUUUUAUGUAUGUGCCAUUUCGUUGGUCAUCUUCUAGCGAAACCCUCACGAAGUCCCCCCCCUCCCUCGAGUACGUGGAACCUCAAACGAGAGGAGCCGCCUCGCCCUUGAACUGUGACGUCAACGCGCAGGCUCGCCGAUCGAGGAGGGAGGUGGGGAGCGUGACGGAGGGGGUGGAUCUGGACUUGAAGAGAGGAUGACCGUUUAAAAAAAGAGACUGAGAGUUUUGUUUUGAAACAUUUUGUGUAAGAAUCAUGUAUGGUUAUGAAAUGUAUUAUAUACAGUUGCUCCUUUUGUUCUUAAAAAGGAUGUUUAAUGCUUAUGAGAAGAGCUUAGCUUCUCCCCCCCCCCAAAAAAGUGCCAUACGUAUUAUGUGCACUAAAAAAAAGCAAAGCAAAAACAACGACAAAAAAGAUAAAAUUACUAAAGAUGCUGUGAUCUAUGUAUGUCAUACUGAAAUCAUCGUGUGCCGUGUUCAGGUGUAGAGAACCAUCGGGCAGUCACAAUCACGUCCCCGUCCCCUCCACAGUCAUGUCGGUGUGUGUGAAUGAUUGUUUGCGUGCGACUGGAAAAAAAAAGAAAAAAAGUCCUCUGUGACUUUUUGUGUGUUUGUCAUUCCAAAAAUGUGCUGUAGUAAAAAUCAUUCUGAUUCCUCUUUUUUUUUUUUGUUUUUGUUUGGGAUAAUGGUCAAAAACCAACACAUCACACUGUGCUAUCAAACUCCAAUAAAACAAACAGCUCUGUUUCUAUACGCAC